UUGACGCAGACUAAAGCAGAAUGGUAGUCGAGUCGGCUUUUUUAUUGAUUGACGACUAGGCAAAAUGGCAUCCAACCCGUACUUCAACAAUUUCAUCCCGGCUGGAAGUCAACAAGCAGCUGGGACGCAAGCGUACGGAGCUUCGGCCGGACCAAGCCCGGGCUAUUCCGCCGGUGGCCACUCGGCCCCGGCUGCGGGCCAAACCUCCUACGACACGGCCUAUCCUAACACGGCGGCUUUUGCUGCAGGCUAUUAUGGUUUCCCUGGCAAACCAAACUAUGAACCAUCCAAAAACUAUUUCCCAGGACCUCCAGGACCAGGUAAGCAGGAUGGACCAGGACUACCUCCAACUCAUUAUCAAGGAUAUGAAGCUGCUUUCUUCAAUGCAGCACAUGCCUACUUGCAUCAUCAGCCUGGACCUAAGCCACCCCAAAUGGGAGGAGGAGGUGGAGGAGGCCAAAUGUCCGGAAACAAAUCAGGUCACGGCGCCGGGCAAGGUGGAUCGAAAACCCGUGGUCGUUUCUUCGCCGGCGGUUUCAAUCAGCGUUGGACCAGCAGUACGACCCAACAACUCCAUUACUGUGAAGUCUGCAAAAUCUCCUGUGCAAGUCCUCAGACAUACAAAGAUCAUUUAGACGGGCAGAAACACAAGAAAAAAGAGGCAGCUGUCCGUACUGGCCUCCCUAUGGUUCCCACCCCAAGGACUGGAGCCGCCUUGCACUGUGAACUUUGCAACGUGACGUGCACAUCUUCAGACGCUUAUGCAGCUCACAUUCGUGGAACAAAACAUCAAAAGGUCGUUAAAUUACACACGAAACUAGGCAAACCAAUCCCUCCAGCAGAACCUCAGUUGAUUCAUUCAAAAACGGGAGGCACAGCUGGAACCGUAGCGGUGACAACGACUACACCAGCUACUACAACUACUGUAGCCACUACAGUCAGCGCUGUGACCACGACGCCAGCUGUUACCGCUACAUCGGCCGCAACGACCGUAACCCCUACACCUACAGUACCUACAUCCACAACAGCCGUUGUCAAAGUUGUGGCUGCAACGCCUAAAAUCAAUUUUUUGGGUGGAAACUAUUUAAAUACCCUUGCUGGAUCAAAAGCUAACGGAUCUGAAAGUGAGGCUGCCCUCGUUGCGACAGUGCAAGCUAGCCAGAUAAUCAAAAAAGAGGAAGCUCCCAUGACAGCUGCUGUUGCUACUGAAACGGCACAAGCAGUGGUUGCACAGUGGGAGGAGGAGAAGGUGAUUCAACCCGUUGGCCAAGAUUACGUAGAAGAAUUACGUGGCGGUGAUGGAAAAAUUACCGGCUUCAAUUGCCGACUUUGUGAUUGCCGUUUCAACGACGUCAACGCCAAGGAUAUGCAUCUGAAAGGCAGACGUCAUAGGUUAAUGUACAAAAAGAAAGUAGAUCCUAAUUUAGUGGUAGAAGCCAAAGGUUGGCCGGCCCUCCGUCAGAAAAAUAAGACCAUGCCCGGCUGGCAAGAAAGGCGGAAACCUAAUGAAGGUGGCUGGGAAGCUAAUGAAAAUUACGAAGAAAUGCCACAAGCACCUUCGUCAAUGGAAGAUGGAAACCAGCCACGUCCUCCAGCAUAUUGGGCUAGCCCAUCCCGAGGCGGUCUUCGACAUGGUAUCUCAAUGGGCCUACCACCUCCACCUCAGUAUUUCCCUACCGGCUCUAUGCCGAUGGGCCUUCCUAAUCCAGCUAUGCGUAAACCCGAAUCCAAUGACGAUCGCCACGUCAUGGCCAAACAUGCAGAGAUCUAUCCAUCGGAAGCCGAAUUAGAAGCCAUUCAAACGCUCGUCUCGUAUGUUGAACGCUCCUUAAAGUUAGUUUCUGAUCAGCUAACGCAUCAACCUGAAGACAAAACGAAAGUUUCUGAGACGCCAUCAUCCAGUGACCUUGCUCAAUCGCCUGUUCCAGACGCCACUGCACCCGCAGUCGCUCCUACGACGGCCUCAUCUCAGGCUGUUGUGUCGGUCCCUAUUCCUCUUGUCGCAUCAGCUACCACCCCUACUGCGACCCCCACCCCAGCGCCUGUUCCGGCUGCGGCAGCCACGAACGGUCCAGCCCAGCCUCAGCGGAUGUUGAAAGGCGUCAUGCGAGUGGGUUUGCUUGCCAAAGGAUUACUUUUAAAAGGUGACCGAACUGUUCAGUUGGUCGUCCUCUGCUCUCAGCCACCUACUUAUCAGUUGCUCGAUAGAGUUGCUCAAGCUCUUCCAGCCCACCUCUCUGUUGUCGCACCAUCAAUCACGUUCAACGUCGAAACGCUUCCAAAUGAAGCUGUUGUCAUGGUAAAAUCAGUCCAGGGUCAUGGCCUGGCGGGUGAUAUUUUGGUCAAGGUCUCGCUGACGUCGCCCGUUGUCAGGGAAGAGCAACUGGCCGCUGCGGCUGCUACCGUUGCUACCAACGGAACGGCACCUAUUGGCAACGACGUUGAUAUGAAAGAUGCGGCUGCUAUCAAAGAUGGCCGUUUGAACACCAAAGAUUGUUUGCACGCUCUGGCACUUUUGCGCCGGGCCAAGUGGUUCCAAGCUCGAGCCAACACACUACAAAAUUGCGUCCUAAUUAUCAGGGUUAUGAGGGAUUUCUGUAUGCGUUCGCCCGUCUGGUCGAAUCUGGAACUUUGGGCAAUCGAAUUGAUUGUGGAAAGGGCAGCUUUCAGCGCCGGUACACCACUAUCUGCAGGCGAUGCCCUGCGACGGGUAUUUGAAACUAUUUCGGCCGGCAUUCUAUUAAGCAAUAAUGACGGAUGGGGACCUGGUAUCGGAGAUCCGUGCGAAAAGGAUGCCGUGGACGUUUGUAGUAAUUUAACCGCACAGGAACGUGAAGAUAUGACAUCGUCCGCCCAGCAAGCAUUGCGUCAAAUUGCCUUUCGCCAGAUAUUCAAAGUGCUGGGCAUGCCCAAACCUUUGUCGUCAGGAUCGCGCAGCUUCAAUAAAGCCGCCCCGGCCGCCGCAGGUCCUUCACCUGGCAAAAAGCGUCCCCGUGAAAACUCAACGAGUGACACUGUCAGUCCUGAAGCAGGCGAAGUUCCAACAGAUCUGAAGAAGGAGAAGAUUGAAGGUCAGGACGCUUAAAAAUAGAUGAAUAAUAACAAGACUCUGAUUCGAUGUCAACAUAUUUGGCCAAACGUCGUUUCAUUGUCCCUUAAAUAAUUUUUUUGCCUCUCACUUUGGUCACUUGAAAUACCCUCUACUAUUUCCUUUUGUUCAUUGGAUCGUUGGUUUAUUCCUUUUUUUUUUAUUGUUGUCUUUUUUUUUUAAUGCAGAAUUUUCUUUUUUGAUUCAACCUCUCAGACAAAGUGUCACAACCCAGGAAAAAGAAUCGAAAAAAAUAAGGAAACGAAAUCGUUUUUGACUCUCAUCCCAAUUUGUUUCCAAAACUUUUUUUCUCUCUUUUUCCUGCUCCUCAUAGUAUUUGAUCGAGUUGAAUAAAAAUCCUUGGCUGUCAUCGACGAAAA